UGCUUCUUUGUAAACUCGCUUUGAAUACCUCAAGCUAGACAUAUGCACACACAUGAAGUUGGUUUGCCUGUGUGCUUGUGCUUGCUCGCUUCGUAAAAAAAAACAUAUCUUCUUUUGUGAAUACACGCCUCACGAUGGCUGAAGUCGACGAGACCCUCAAGAAGAAAAGGACCUUCAGGAAGUUCACCUUCCGAGGUGUCGACCUAGACCAGCUCCUGGACAUGCCAAAUGAGCAGCUAAUGGAACUGAUGCACGCCAGAGCACGGAGACGUUUCUCGCGUGGAUUGAAGAGGAAACCAAUGGCACUUGUCAAAAAGCUGCGCAAGGCCAAAAAAGAGGCUCCUCCAAAUGAGAAGCCUGAAAUUGUCAAAACACAUUUGAGAAACAUGAUCAUUGUUCCAGAGAUGGUUGGAUCCAUCGUUGGUGUGUACAACGGCAAAACUUUCAAUCAGGUUGAAAUCAAACCUGAAAUGAUUGGACACUACCUUGGAGAGUUCAGUGUUACUUAUAAGCCUGUGAAACACGGUAGGCCAGGUAUUGGUGCUACCCAUUCUUCUCGUUUUAUACCUCUGAAGUAAAGUAUUAUAAUAAAUUUUAUCUAAAAAAA